CGCCGCCACCCUAAUGAUAGCGCUGGUGAUCACCCUGGCUAGCUUGGUGUCCCUGCUCAUCGGUGCCAGCCUUGAUACCACUGACAUCAUUCCCCCAGCAGUGCCUCCAGCUAACCAGAGCCUCGUCACCCUCAUGGCUCUGACCUGGCCCAGGAGAGAUCAGUUGUGGUAUACUCGUCGUUGGGAGCGGAGUGUUACCAUGACUCCAGACGACCCUCACAAGAGGCAGUACGACGACGACCCCCUCAUCCCCGACGACCCUGAUGGUCAUGAGUGGUCCAUCCCCGACCACUCGACCUUCCCCAACAACGACACCUGGUACUGGACCCGUCGUCCCUCCAAACUACCCGAGUGGUCCAGCCUAGACAUCAGCGAGUCCCUGACACACGGCUCGAAGAAGGAGCAGCAGAAGACUCUGCUUGAGGAGGACCUGGCGAAGAAAAACUUAACCCUGGUACCUGGGUCUCCGUCUUACAAACACCAGCACGGCUUUAAGAAGACCGACCCCUUGGCCACCAAGAUGGCCAAGCUAGGCUACCUCAUGGAUCACGCCACCACCAAACUCAAGGACAGGAUGAACCUGACGCGGGAGGCAGCGUCGCUGGACUCCCGGUGGGUGGGAGACAUGUCCUCUACGCCCUACUGCGACAAAGAUCUUCAGCGGCCACUACCCGGCCCCUGCAACGCCUCUGGCAAGUACAGGAGUGUCGAUGGAACCUGCAAUAACCUUAAAAAUCCUACCUGGGGCGCCUCCUUCACCCCCUUCAGGCGAGCCCUUCCCCCGGACUAUGGAGACGGCGUGUGGUCACUACGCUUGGCGUCAGACGGUGAGGAGUUACCCAGCGCCCGGCUGGUCAGCAGUAAAGUCCACCUCAACACGCUAGCGAACUCUCGCUCAUACACCAUCCUAACCAUGAGCUGGGGACAGUUUGUCGACCAUGAUAUCACUCUCACUGCUCUCUCCAAAGCUUCAGGAGGUCAGAGCAUCCCGUGCUGCUCUGACGAAGUGCUGAAGCUACCAUCACUCUACCACCCGGAGUGUGCUCCAAUCCCUAUCCCAGCCGAGGACUCCUUUUACGCUGCCUUCAACCAGAGUUGUAUGGAGUUCACUAGGUCGGCACCAGCACCCAGAUGUCACUUUGGACCUCGUGAGCAACUCAACCAGCAAACAGCCUUCCUAGACGGCUCCGUUAUCUACGGUGCCACUGAACAACACCUGAGCUCCCUCCGCACCUUCCAGGACGGUCUCCUCCGCUCACAGGUGACGCUGGACGGACGAGAGUUGCUGCCUGCCUCUGAGGACCCUGACGAUGGCUGCAACACCAUAGAUGAAUAUUCCUACAGCAGAUAUUGCUUCACCUCAGGAGACGCACGGGUCAAUGAGCAGACACUUUUGACGUCUCUGCACACAGUGUGGGCCCGCCAGCACAAUAUGCUGGCCAUCGAACUCAAAGAUCUCAACCCAGAGUGGGACGACGAGACUCUCUUUCAGGAAGCCAGGAGGAUCGUGGUGGCUCAGAUGCAGCACAUUACUUACAACGAAUACGUUCCUAGCUUGAUAGGACCAACAUUCAUGAAACACCUACAACUAAGCCCACAAUCUGAAGGAAAACAAACCACCGACUACGAUGAGAACUUAUCCCCGACAAUCGCCAAUGAGUUCGCCGCUGCUGCUUUUCGCUUUGGACAUAGCCAGAUACAAGGUCUGGUGCAGAAAAUCGACGGUCCAGGCAAGAACGUGGAGUUUACGCAGUUGAACAGUAUUAUGUUACAGCCGUUUAUCCUCUACGACCAGGGCACCAUGGCCAACCUACUACGUGGACAAACCUCACAGAGCGCUGCUGCCGUCGACACAUUCUUUUCUACACAAGUAUCCGGUAAGUUGUUCAAAGGAGACGAUCAGUUCGGCCUCGAUCUGGUAUCGUUGAACAUCCAGCGGGGAAGAGACCACGGAGUGAGCGCCUACAACCGCUGGAGGAUGUAUUGCGGCUUCAAACCAGCUUCGAAUUUUACCGACCUCGCUCAGGACAUGGACGCUGGUGCCCUUAAGAGCAUCAUGGAUGUUUAUAGGAACGUGGAUGACAUAGACUUCUUCACGGGCGGUCUGGCUGAGAGACCAGUCAAAGAUGGUCUAGUGGGACCAACCUUUGCUUGUCUCAUCGCUGACCAGUUCCUCAGACUCAAAAAAGGAGACAGAUUCUGGUAUGAGACUGCGGACCUUCCACAAGCCUUCACCAAAGAACAACUGGCUGAGCUGCACAAGGUCUCUAUAGCGAGGAUACUCUGUGAUAACGUGCCUGAAUUGGGCUCCAUACAGCGGUGGCCUCUGAGGAACUUUGCUACAGGAAACCCCAGACUACCCUGCUCCUCAACCUCCAUUCCUAGAGUUGACCUUGACCCCUGGGAGAACGACCAAUUAUAGGUUAGAAACGCUAGCUAAUGAAUUGUAUUGAAACCAUUAUUCAUGGAAGGCCUAUUACAUGUGAUUGAAUUGUAGAGCGAGUUAUUUGGUAAAUUGCUAAAUCCGUAGGGGUUACACAGCACCAGAUUUAAUCAGUGAGAGAGGACAGGUCCAGUUUGUUGGACCUUGGUCCCAUUACUAGCAUCAAGACGCCUAUCUCCCAAUAGGGGGAGAAUGACAGUUUAGAUUCAAAAGUAAGUUACUUAUAAAUAAGAACAGGCAACUAAUAUAUUGGCCAGCAAACUUUUACACACCAAAAAAAUCUAAUUUUUUAAUGUUUUCUUAAAUUCAAACUGUUGUCAUAUUAAAUACUUUUAGCAGUAUAUUAAAAUGCUGUUCAUAAGUAGUACAGGUCAGUCAUCAGUAAUCCGGCAAUCAGUUGUCUGGUUCCAUCAGUAAUCCGGCACUAAUUUCAGCUAGCAUAAUUUCAAAUUUCAUCAUUAUACUGACUCAGAAAUUGUGCAGAUGGUUGUAAAUCCACAGCAGCAAGCCAGUGGAGGAGAAAGCAGUGAUGAAAAUGAGAAAGAUGUAGCAGUCUCUCUAUUGAUAGGCUAAAUAAGUAUUCUAACUUAACCAGCCUGUAAUCCGGCAAAUUCACUAAUCAGGCACACAGCAGGUCCCAGUGAUGCCGGAUUAGUGAUGGCCGACCUGUAGUAAACAAGAAGCAAUACUGUACAAGAAGUUUAAGAUGUAAAAAUGCAUUGAAAUAAAUGUAAGGUAGUGACUUCUUAAAGGUGAGAACCCAUAAUAGUCAUACAUUCAUGGAGAGGAAAGAGUGCUGAACCCACAGGGGUCAGAGCACCUGGGAGAUAAUCAGGUUUGAUUCAAGGAAAUGGAGGACAAGCCUAAUUUCUUACAACAAAAACCCCUCACCAGCAUAAAGACAUUAUCUUCCUUGAGAUGGAACUGUAAUACCAUUAUUAGUUACCAGUAAUGCAGUGAUAUUAGGGAGCAUGUGGUAGCUACGUUCUAGGGUGGUUGGUAAAGCCAACGUGUGAUGAGUGGUAAAUUUAUGUGAAAUGUUUGAAAGAGGCACAGGUGUUUAUGUAGGGUGAGAAUCUGAAGGUAAUGUAUUAACAGAGCUAGUAUCUUAAGGUGUAUUCAAACAUGCUUGAAUAACAAUCCUUUUAAUGUUUCUUUUUUUAAGUUGGGGUUUGUGGAGAUUCAUUUUGGGUUUUCUCUGUGGCAAAUGCUGGUAUGGCCUCAAUCAUUUCUGUAGUCAGGCAUGGUGUACUAUGUUGCAAGAGGAUAGACAUGAUAAAAACAGGUGAGAGGUUGUCUCCUGAGAUGGGAGUGUCUUUGCAGCUGCAGGUGGAGUAGUAGAAGCAUGUAGAGGUGAAAACAGCAUGAAGAGACAUGUUGGGAAGGAGUUUUAAAGACUGCAUUUUUCUUUUAAGUCUGAGAUUGUGGUGUAAGUGUUGAAGGAGGAACUGAGAGGUACUGAAGAUGGCAGAAGAAAAAAGAGGUAGGAACAUCAAAUGUAAGGGCUUCACAAGGGUUUAAAACUUGGAUGAUUGUAUUAGAAGUUACUAUUAGGCAUUGUCAAGCAGCUAUGGAGUAGGAUAUCUAUGGAAUUUUUCCCUUGAAGAUGAAGCCGAAUCACAGCCAUAUUAUGACACUCUCUAUUUUCUUUCAACAGUGUAUUUUGCUGUCUCAAAGGAAAACAGGGCACUGGUGAGAAAUUCAGGGUGUACUUGGCUGCAGUCAAGGCAUCUAGGAAGUUGGUCACAGGGAACUGAAGGGUAGUAAUAAUGUUGGUAGAAUUACCGACAAUAUGUAAAGUAAAAGGACACAAGUGCAGCUAAUGUGACAUUUUAUUGUGGCAACGUUUCGCUUUCCAGGAGCUUUGUCAAGCCAAUACAAACAGUAUAUGGACACAGAGGGUAUAUAAAGGCUCAGAGAGUGAACACAGAAACAGGCCUUCUCCAGUCUAUAUUUGUCCAACCUAUUUUUGUUACCCAAGUAAUAGCCUUUACAGUGGACCCCCGCAUAACGAUCACCUCCGAAUGCGACCAAUUAUGUAAGUGUAUUUAUGUAAGUGCGUUUCUACGUGUAUGUUUGGGGGUCUGAAAUGGACUAAUCUACUUCACAAUAUUCCUUAUGGGAAUAAAUUCAGUCAGUACUGGCACCUGAACAUACUUCUGGAGUGAAAAAAUAUCGUUAACCGGGGGUCCACUGUAUAUCCUUUUACUCGUGUACGAAUUAAUUGCUCUACUACAACUUUUGUCUCUACUACUACCACUAGUGAACAUCGAAAUAGUACCUCACUAGUAUUGCACCUCACUCUGAGCCUUUAUACCCUCUGUGUCCAUAUACUGCUUCUACCAGCUUGACAAAGCUCCUGGAGAGUGAAACGUUGCCACAAUAAAAUGUCACAUUAGUUGUACUUGUGUCCUUUUACUUUACAAACUGAAGGGUAGUUUAGCUACAUUGCUUGAAUAUCAUCUCUGAGGGCAGGCUGUGCAGAGGUUUCAACUUUGGUGACACAGAGAUGUUGGAGCUCGAGAUGCUCAUGAAUGUCCAGGUUGGAUUGUGUAAAUUCUUGUAUUAAUGUGUGUGGGAUGAGUCCAACUUGAAUUGAGGAAGAAAUGUCUAUACUGUGGCUAGGAUGUUGCAGGUAGUGUGGCUAUGCAAAAGGUUGGUGGCCUGGUCAUUGUUUAUAGUGACUAUAUAUCCCACUCCUAAGGGCAUAGUAGAAGACAUUUUGGCUGACAGUCAUGAAUUCUUUAUUAAUAUUCUGUAAGGUAAUACGCUUGGUUUGUUAGCUGAAGAGAAAAUAAUUUUGUCCAGUUUUAUUUUCUAAAUACAAUACUUUCUGUAAGGGAAGAGAUUACCAGCUUGUGUGUUUCUUAGAAUGUUAGUGACCUACAGUAUUAGUACUGUCUGUGUAGAGGGUCUUUUGGAAGAAAGCUUCAAGUCCAUCUAUCAUGUUACAUGAACAAUCCAAGAAUUGUCAAAAGCUGAUCAUGGUUAAGCGUGGGUCAGAGGUACCAGAGGAGGUAUGCAAAAGGUCAGAGCUGAGUUCAGGCAACAACUGAUUGCCAAAAAAUAUUAGAUUCUGAUAAUCCAUAGCCCUGCAGAGUCCAGUAAAUGAUGUCACGGUCACUUUCACUUAGGAUCACGGAGAAUGAGUCAAUGGUCACCUUAGUGGAAACUGCCUUUUUACCCUACCUAGUACAUAACACCCACACAAAACAUGCAUUAUUUAUUGAGCUAAGUUUAGUGAAACCACCUGAUCAGGCACUAGUCAUAUUAUUGAUGAUAUAAAAUUAUACAAAUAAGUUGACAAGACCUGUGCAAAACUUUGGUAUCUUUAUUGCUAAAUUAGUAAUAGUACUGAUGUGAUCAGUCCAUUACCCUUGGUAGAUGGUCAGUCCCACAACCUUGGACUGACUACUACUUACCAAGGGAGACAAACUGACCACAUCAAAGCUGCUUCUGUCUCCAGCGUCGCAUUUUCCUGUAUUCGAAUGAAGAAGCUCGCUAUGCAGGCAAAAUGUGUUGGCAAUAAAGAUACCCAAAUAGUGCAGAUCUUAUUCAUCAGCACUAACAAUGCAAUCUUGUCAGCUAAUAAGUGGUUGGCAAACUGGAAUGAAUGGCAGGAGUCAUACACCUUCAGUUACUGCUUCAGAAUCCACAAGCAACAUCCAGUAAUAUUUCCAGCAUCAAAAUCUCUGGCAGAUGGCCACCUGAUGUCUCACUGGAGAGUUGCCUGAUACACUCCAAGAUCUAAUUUCCAUUGGGUGAAAUGACAACUACAGCAGCACUAGUAAUGGCCGUAACAUUAAAACGACAGAUUGUGUGUGGCUUCCCCCCCCCCCCAUCUUGGACAUGGGUGUCACAAGAGGAGGAAAUUUCCCUACUAAUUAGGCCAAUGAGAGAGAGGAAAAAAAGAGAAAGAACUGAUGGGGGGGGAGGUAGUAUUUAGAUUUGAUUUGAGAUAGGAUAGGAGGUACAGUUCUUCAGAUCAAACUCCUUCACUGUGUCAACACCAACCGAAGGGGCCUCCUAGGCAUCAUACUAAUUAUAAUAAGUGAUUGUCAUAUGAACAAUUAGUCCAGUAGUAUACUUCUACAAAAUACAGUGGACCCCCGCUUUAUGAUCACCUCCCAAUGCGACCAAUUAUGUAAGAGCGUUUGUACGUGUAUGUUUGGGGGUCUGAAAUGGACUAAUCUAAUUCACAAUAUUCCUUAUGGGAACAAAUUCUUUCAGUACUGGCACCUGAACAUACUUCUGGAAUGAAAUAAUAUCGUAAACCGGGGGUCCACUGUAUAUUGUUAACCUUAAUUUGACCUUAAAACUUCAAAACUAUACAUGAUAUGCAGUUGAGAAAAGGUGAAACUAAAAUAUUAAUAAAGAUUACAGUAUUUGCUCUAAAAUUUUCCAUAAUCUUUUUUCCUCCACUUCCAACUUUGUAUACCUUCUCAUAAAUGUUUCUUCCUGGACCAAGGAAAAUAAGUACAAUAAAAACAACUUAAUGAAAAUGUGGAAUAAUCUAACUUAAAUAUAGUAGCACAUAAAUAAAAAUAUAAUACAUAUGCAAUGAAAAUUUUAAAGGAUUUGCAGGAUGUGGAAAAAAUCUGUACUCACAGCUAGAUUUGCAGUUUAAAUAAAUAAUUUUAGGAAUCUAGUAAAACUUAUCUGAAACCACUAAUUACUGUAUUUUAUUUACAAACACAAUAAGAUAAAAUGUCACUUCUUACUAACAAAAACACCAACAAGAUUGUCUACCCUAGAGCUGUUAGUAAGUAGUUAGGUCAUGAUGCCUUUAUAGUGACUUGUCACCACCAUUGUAACACUGAGUGAAACAUGUUGAGAAGUGUCAUCACAACAUUAGCAAGCAUCAGUGACAAGUUGCAGUAACAAGAAUUAAGUUGGUUAUGUUAAGUCAUGAUGGCUGGAGACCAACAUUAUGAUGAUGCACCAUUGUGGUCAUUAGGUUGUUUAUAUAUCAAGGCACAAAGAAAUCAACACAGAAAAUAAAACAAGUGGCUAAAAAGAGUAUGGAAUAUUUCAGCUUCACACUGAGGCACUUUCCAGCAGUCAUCUACUGAUGAGGGCCUCAAGGGUAAGUCAAAAUAUUCAGUGCUGUACUCUACUUACAUUGCAUUUUUUUAUGCUGAUUUGUUUGUAGUAUUGACGGGUGUUUAUUACACUUUUUUUUUUUUUUAUCUUAUGGUGGCAUGUCAGUAUAGUAAUAUAAAGUGUCUCUGAUGUGAUCCAUUCUAUGCACAUAUGGCACUAGAAUGAAACAAAGCACCACAAGAAAUAAUGAUAAAACAUGGAACAACUCGUAGUGGCACAAUAGCACGUGAUAUUUAGGAUUAUCACCAUGACAAAGUGCUCUCAACCAUCAUCAACUCCAUGGAUAAAACCAAUAAUAUAUACUGUACUCCUAAAAUAUAUAUCUAAAAGUUAUUAACAAUUACACUUAUCACAAACUCUCGUGCACUUACUGAUACUCAAAAACAAAACCAAUUUUAUAUUCUGUUGUAACUAUUAGUAGUAUCAAAUGCACCUAUUUUAUCAUACAAGCAAUAUAUUACUCUGAUAAUAAAAAUUAAUAAAAAUUGGUUAUAAGAAGCAUCAGUAUAUAGGAAUGUAGAGAAUAUUUUAAGGCUUAGUUUGAUCUGUAAGAUGCAGAGAAAGUUUGUCAGGACAUUUUGGAUAAGACUCACUCAAGAGACGAAUUGUUAAGUACACAUUAGGUUGAACACUCAAAAAGGUAUUGAUAUUUAAAUAUACUGUACAUUACUCAAGUUGUACCUCAGAAGAAUAAGAGGAUGAGGAAUUUAGCAAAUUUUCUUCCCUUUAAUAAAACACUAGCACUAUUUUAUUACAACAAAGGCAUAUUAAAUAUGAGCAGUAUUUCAUUAAGGUUAGGGUAUAGGUCUAUACUAAAAAAAAAAAAAACUCGCCAGCAUUUCGGUAAAGCUUGACUUUUAUGCCUAAAGAAAUUUUUAGGGCUAAAAUUACCUGUUUUCAAAUGCAAUGAAACUCCAUACACUACAAGAAGUAAAAUUUUUUUAAUAUUUAUUACACUGCAAAUAUUCUUCUGACAGCUUGCAAAUCUGUAUGCUGUGUUCUUGCAUAUAUGAUUCUGGUGUCUCUAAAUUUGAGAAAUUAAUGGAUCUUAAAAAAAGAAUUUUAUAUUGUGUAACAAAUCCCUAAUGAAAGUUAGUUAUCUUGUCCAUAAAUAUUGUGUGUUUUGCUAGAGAAUAUUUUGAUCAUUAAAAUAUUUGUUUUUAGCUAAAGCAUGAUUUGGUAAGAAGACUACGUUAGUGCUUGAAAACCCAGGUCAAAAGGUCCUACAUUAAAUUUUUGAAGAUCAAAGAUUGCACGUUUGAAUAAAAAAUAACUGAAACCACCGUCUUUCACCAUAAACAAGAAAUACUGAGACGAGACUAGACUAGCAUAUAUACUUUAUAAUUCAGCAGGUUUCAUAUACAUGUAUUUCAGAUAAACUUUUUCCUCUUAAAACUUCAGUAAUUUCCAUCACAGUACAUGCUGAAAGAAUUGCAUGAAAUUUCCAUUGAAUUCAACUGCAAACAGACAAAACCCCACAAAAUUAAGAUAUACAAUACAUAUGAAAAAAAUUAAUGGCCUAAUGUAUUUAUAUAGUGUGAUAGCAAGUUACUGAUAAUCAUAAAUAAAGCUAAGCUUUUGUUUGUGCAUCUCAUGGUAAACCAGUGCACAUGUAUACUUGUGUGUAUGCAACCACUAAUUUCUUAACAUGUGCAUGCAAUAACUAACACCUGCAAACAUGGAAAGAAAAAGUACUGGAAUUCAGUCUUGGUAAGUGCAAAGGAAUGAGAAUAGGAGAGUGAUAAAGAAGUUGUGAGAAUGGAAGAACACUUUGACCUGAUAUCUCUCGGCAAUAAAAUUUAAAUAUGAACAUACAUAAGAACACCCAUGGAGUAAGAAAAUUGGAUAUGGGAUAUAGCCUGGGAUGAAAGGCACUGCAGAUAACACACAAGAGAAAGAUCUAGAGGUAAGUCUCACCAAUCAUAUUGUUGGAAGCAGUGUACUUUUACAUUCAAUUUAUAUAACCUCAUUGGCUAACUUGAGAACUUUUUUGUUUAAACUUAACAAAGAAUCACUUGGGACAUUAAGCCAAUUUUGGAAUACACAGUACUGGCAUGGACCCCACAUCUGAAAAAAACUCAAGCCACUCGAAAAUUUCACACCGAGUUUGGUACCGGAAAUGAAUGGUAUGGACUAUAAUUAAACACAGUAUUAUUUACAAAAUGAGUGCAAAGUCUUUUUGAGUCAUUCAACACUGCAUAACAAAUAGUGUUAAUGUCAGGGUAAAAACAGGUGUGGAGAGUGAGCUUAUAUGUAAAACAAAGUCAAAGUUAGUGCGGUCAGUCAGUUUCAUUUAAGUCAAAGUUACUCUAAAGGUAGUACUUUCCAAGAGGACAGAAGCCUGGUUGAGAUCAUCAAGGACAUGGAGAUGCUGGAAAUUAGGCUUACAUGUACUGUGAUAAAUGGGACAAGAAUUCAAAAGAUGUUUGACAAAAGCAGGAUGAAGGAUACAUAACCGAAUGACCAAAAAAUUCAGGAUUGACAACAGUGGAAAAGAAAUUACAAAAGACCUAUGCUGAGUGAAUUGUGGGACAGUACCAGAGGCUCAGAAUGUGGGAUCUGAAGUAGAAAGAGCCUGUGAGAAGGCAGUAUAAACAAGAGAAGCUGGUAGGAGGUCAAGUUGAAAGUGGGGGAGUCCAGUUAAUGUCAUCUAUGCUAAUGCUUGUCUCAAGGGGUCAUUAUGAGAUUUAAUGCAUUUGAGAAAAUAGUUUUAGUUCAGGAUCUACGGGGUAAGCAGUAUCCUGAAUAGAAACUGCAAUCUUGUAGUGAAUCUCGCUCAACAUAGAAGAAACACACGAAGAAGAUUGACUUGGGUGGGUUAGGACUCGAGAACUUCAUAGACAGUGGACUCUGUAAGGACCCUGGGAUUUCAUAAAAAGAAAAAAUCAAACAGGUUGUUGGAGGAAGACCUGAACAUUCAGAGAGAAGCAUAGAGGAGUGUGGUAGAAAGAACAUCUACCUGUACUACCUAAGUAGUGGCAGGAAGGUGAUGGAUAAUGUGGGGUUAGAAAAGAUGACAAGAUUAGUGUAAGGAUGCUGUGGGAGGGAACUUAAAUUAUUAUUAUAAUCAAAAAGAAGCUCUAAGCCACAAGGGCUAUACAGCGCUGCAGGGAACUUGAAGUUGCAUGAACCUUCACCAGUACCACCAAGGAAAUCCAAGGGAGGGCUGCAUGAGAUGUGUUUAGGGAAGUAUAGGAUUGAGAACCAGAAGAGGGAAGUAGCAGGGAAACUCUUGAUGUUAAAAAGGCAGAUCACCUUGAACUGGUUAGAUACAAGGUGUGUAUAAAGGAUGGCCAAUACAGAAGUUGAAAUUUAACAGGCACCAUGAGCAUGUGAACUGUCAGUAACUAGCUCAUCUAGCAGAGAUGGGUUAUAGCUUGGCUAUAUGACAUGCCCUGUUACUCCUUAAGUUGUAAAUUUUGCAUUUCUUAUGGGAUAAGGGGCACAGAUAGGAGUCGGAGGGAUGAUUUCAAGAAAAAUUUGGGUAAUGAUGUUGGGACAGCUUGCUAAGGGAUCAUUAUGAAUAGUGUCAGCAAAGAUGACCUACAAUGUUUUGAUGUAUAUCAGAAGUGUCAGAAAUUAUGACAUAUCUGGAGUAACAGAGUUCUUUCAGUCAUGUCAUGACCUGUUAAGCAAAUUACUGAGGGAAGAUUGAGGGUGUUAAACAUAAGAUUAUCACUGAUGCUUAGGCGUUUUCAUUGCAAGUACUGAGAACAAAGCAUUGUACAGUAUCUACUUUAGUAGAGGGUAGAUUCUGGAGUUACAGUUAGUAGUGAAUAGCUACAUUGCAUUCUGUAACCAGCUGCAGUUAGAAUAUCAUACGAGGGAGGAAAACAUUUCUGCAACACGAAUUAGUGUGUGUAAAAAGUUUGGAAAUUUUUGAAAAUUGCCAGAAUAUGAUACCGAGACAUGACAUGCACAAAUGCUGUAAACAGACUGAGCAUGGGUAAUAAAAUGGUGCCAAAAAUAAUAAACAUAAAUAUAAAUGAAAAGUGCCAUAUUAGUGAAGCAUUCUAAAGGAAAUCGUUUAAAGCAAGGUAUGCUUGUACAUCAGGGAAUAGUAAUAGGAGCAGCACUAACAUUUUGUAUCUUAUUUUGUCAACUUAUAAAUUUAUUUAUUUUAUUCAGGUGGAAGUACUAAACCCAUAUGGGUUAUAUAGUACCGGAAGAAUGAGAGGCAUUCAGGUUUAAUCCAAAGAGGGAGAAAAUAAAAACAGUUCCUUAGAUACAAAGGGGAGUUAUCUUGUAAAGCAUAAUUACUGUACUACAUUAUGCAGUACAGUGGUACUCUUGAGUUUCGGCCGUAAUUUGUUCUAGAAGGCUGUUCAAGUGCCGUUACCAAACGAAUUUGUUCCCAUAAUAAAUAAUGUAAAUUAGAUUAGUCUGUUUCAGACCCCAAAAAUAUACUUACAAAAGCACUUACAAUAAUACACUUACAUAACUGUUCAAGUUGGGAGGUGGCUGAAACUUGGGGUACCACUGUAUAUGAACAAAAAUUCCUUGGUUAACAAAACUUAGGGCCUAUUGGUUAAUUUGACGGUCAUCUAGUAUAUCCGAGCCUCACUGACCUGGAGGGUUGGCAACUUCAUUCGUAGAUGAAUGGUUCAGAGAACAGACAUGUUGUUGAAUUAGACACAUGUGCAACUCUUGGGUAUCUUUAUUUAGGAAACGUUUCGCCACACAGUGGCUUCAUCAGUCCAUACA